CUAAAGUAAAAUUCGAAUCAGAAAUUAUUCAUAGUGUUGUAAUCAAAAAAUAUCAAUCAAAAAUGGCUAAAUUUAUUACACGUUUACUCAGAAGUGUCAAGAAGAAAUUUGGAAUAAGAAAAAAUAUUAAGGUGACAUUAGUAGACAGUGAAUCACAGACUAUUAUGGUGACGGAAGAUGUGAUGAUUCAAGUAGAAUGUGUACCACAAUCACAUAACUUAGUUUCACAAGUUGAAGGGGUUAAAGUCGCUACUUCUCAGACAUCGAUAUUAUUUUCUGACAAAUUUACUCAGACUCACUUUAUUGCUGUGUUUAAUACGUCUGAAACGCAAACAGACACAUUCGAUUUGACAAAUUGUGGAACACAAACUGAUCUAUUGUCAAAAAAUAUAAUUUCAAAAUCCACGGCAGAACCUCAUGAAUCAAUUUCACAGUGUUGCAUCUUGCCAAUUUCAAAUGAUCCUCAUUUGGACACUUUGAAAGAAAUGUCUUUAAAAGUUGAUAAAGCAUCAACUUUAAAUUGGUCAAAAUCUCCAUUGGAAGAUACACAGUUAUAUUCGCAAGAUGAUAUUGUGGAUGGACAUAAUGGAACUCAAGUCGAUAACAGACCAAAAUUAUAUAUGUUAGAAAAUUUGCCUCAACUCGAUUUGGCAAAUAAUUGUAGCUAUCACAUGAGAGUACUGUACUCUCAAAAAGAUUAUUUUUGCAUGACAAAAGUUGUUGAUGAACAUAUCGUAAGGUCUAUGGAAAAUAAAAUGACUAAAUGUUAUAGACAGCCUGUUUUUCAAAAUUUCAAUUACAAACCACAAAUAAAUGAACUUUGUGCAACUAAAUAUGGAGAUGGUAGAUGGUAUAGAGGAAUUUGUAGAUCUGUUGAAGAAAACGUGAACGGGGAAGAGACUUAUGUAAUUAAUUUACUUGAUUGGGGAGAAUCAGUUACUGUGAAAGCUGGCCAAUUACGUAGGUUGAAGAUGUGUUUUAUGAAAAAUCCACCUUUGGCAGUUAAAUGUACCAUAUUAGGGACAAUUUUUAAAAAUGUGUACAAAAAUUAUUUGAUGAAAAGUUCAGCAUAAUACAAGACAGUUUUCCAAUUAUAACAACCUCAAUCAUGUCGAAAUUAAGAAAGUG